UUUGCACGCUGCACAACUGCUCAAGCUAGUCUAGGUGGAUUCAUCACCCACUCUUUAAACUUCCCCUGUACCUUGCUACUUCCUAUUUAUUUCACCCUCCUCCUCCUCCUCCUCCUCCUCCUCCUCCUCCUCACAACAACGCUUACGGCGACGCCACAAGCGACGGAGACAGUUUCUUCUCACCUUAAAUCACCAAUCGCUGUUGAUCCAUUCAACGCAACGCCUCGUGUAGGGUCCGCACCGGUCCGCUUCCUUCUCGUUUCGUCCCUUUUCUCUGUAACUGAAAUCACUCACUCUCACUACUUCUUCUACCGAUUUCUGAACUAGGAAAGGAGCUGGUUUGCAUCUUUGCUUACAUAGUAGGAACAAAUCCCGGCUCUAGGGGCUUUGGAUAAGGUUCUGAGUUAUAUCUUCCUUCUUCUUGCCAUUCAUUCUGCCUAUGAACCCUAUGCAAGGGGGAAGCACAUCAAAGCUACCCCGAAGAGCAAAAGGCAAAAAGAAGAGGGGUCUACGAGUAAAAGAUGUUAAAGUAGCAGAAACCCCCUCAGAAUUCUCAUUUGAUAUAGCCAAAAUUGCAGUUUCUCAGAUCUGCCAGUCAGUUGGCUACAAAAGAACCAAAUAUGAUGCUCUUGAAGCCUUAAUUAAUGUUACCACAAAAUAUCUCGAAGCCAUUGCAAGAUCUGCUGCCUCUUUUGCCAAUGCAUCCAACCGUACUGAAUCAAACCUCUUUGAUCUCAUCAAUGGCAUUCAUGAUAUGUGUUCUGUUCGAGGAGUUCCCGGUGGUUCAAAACUGCAUUCAAGUAACCUGCUGAGUUCUGGAGCUCUAAAAGAUAUAAUGAGUUUCGUCAAAUUCUCCAAAGAAGUGCCAUUUUCCAAACCAAUUCCAUCAAAAAAUGGUCCCGGUAGCCGAAAUCCAGAAGUAAUCACUGAUUCUGGCUCAUCAACAAGCUUACAGGAAGCAAAACCAAAAGGUUUGCAUAUACCAAGUUGGCUCCCAGAUUUUCCCAAGGAAAGCUUAUAUAAAAAGUCUGAAGGGGGUUUAGUAAAGGAGAGGAAAUGUGGAGAAAAAUUAUGGGAACAUUCACUUGCAAUGGAAGAUUGCAUUGGUAACGGAGAGGAAAAUAGCGACAUGUUAAAGAGCAAUGACAUAAACAAAAAAGAAGAGAAAGACAUCACAACAGAGUUAGCCAAGGAAAGAGGAAGGGUGAAGUUUAAAAUUGGAAAGGAGGAAGAGAAACAGAUUGGGUUGGGUAUGAAUAUGAAUAUGAUGAACGGGGUUUGUAAAGGAAGGAAAAGAGUGUCUUGGAGUCAUUAUAAAAUGAAUGACUGUAUGAGUAAGGCUGGUGAAAAUGAUGAUGAAAGGAGUGCAUUAAAAGGAGAGAUGAGUUAACAUGAUUGUUAUGGAAAUUA